AUCGCAAUGGAAGUUCCAUCCACAGCAACAUCCACAACGUCUUUCACUACUCCAUUCAUAAUUGCAACAACAGAACGUCCUUCAACUUCAUCCUCAUCAUGUACAAUAACCACAUCAACUUCUAAUCAAACGCCCCGACUUACAGCACAACGACAACAAACAAUUUCCAGCUAUACUAAAAAACCCAUUUCCUUAAACUAUUCAAAACAAUUAGACGAACAAAUCGUCAAAACUAUGGUGAAGCAAUACUAUCCAUUUUGUAUGGUUGAAGACCAGGAAUUCAAGAAAUUUGUUCAAAUGCUUAAUCCAAGUUACCAGCUCCCUUCAAGGAAAACCGUAAGUAAUUCUUUGAUACCUAGGCUCUAUGAAGAGACAAAAGUAAAGGUACAAGACGCAUUAGCUACAGCUUCAGCUGUUUGUGUCACAACAGACGGUCGGACAUCCAAUACGCAGCAAAGCUAUAUCGGAAUUACGGUCCACUUCAUUCAAGAGCAGCAAGACACUUUAUCCCUGGAGUCACGUCUCCUAGGAUGCAUUCCUUAUAACGAAAGCCACACCAUCACUAACCUGGGAAACAUGCUCAGCUCGGAAUUGAAUAAAUGGAACCUGGAAGAAAAAGUGUGUUGUGUUGUGACAGACAAUGCUUACAAUGUCGUUGGUGCUGUAAAAUUUAAAAAGUGGAACCAUUUCCCGUGUUUUGCUUAUAGCCUUAAUUUGGUUGUUGGUGAAGGACUUGCUAUUAUCGAGUCGAAAAUAGUGAAAGUAAAAAAUAUUGUUGCAUUUUUCAAAAAAAGCUCUAAAGCAACAGUCAAACUUGCAAGCAUGGAAAGGGAGCUCAAUUUGCCAGAACUUAAGCUUAAGCAAUACUGCAUAACGCGGUGGAAUUCUACCUACGAAAUGCUCAACAGAAUUCUAAUUGUUAAAUCCGCUGUGCUUGCAGUUCUGGCAAUUGAAAAUCCUGACCUAAAUUGCUUGUCGGCCAGCGACUGGACAAUUUUGGAGAGGGCAACAAAUAUUUUCAAAAUUUUUCAUGCAAUAACGGAACAAAUGUCGGCUAAAAAAAAUGUCACCAUUUCAAAAACGAUGCUCAUGAUCAAAGCGAUAAGAUCACAUUUAAAUAAAAUGUCUAUUGAAAAUAAUAAUGAAAUCGACGAGUUUAAGCAAGUGGAUCAAUUUGUUGAUGACAGAGUGGCACAAGCUACAUUUUUGGAUCCAAGAUUCAAAAAACAUCGGUUUUCUAACCUAACAGCCUAUGAAAAAUGUUUAAAGGACUUGAAGGCUAAGGCGUUAUGGUUCCCAACGCAAACACCACCGGCAGAUCCAGAUACUAUUACUGCAUCAACUUCAACAAAUUCCGAAUCAUCGUGGCGUCAAAACGAUGCAAUGAUAUGGGGAGAUUUCGAUUCUCAUUUGGAUUUAAUCGUUUCCAACCCAAACCAACAUGCUGCAAGUAUUUUAGAAAUUGAUAAGUACAUAAAUGAAACACCUAUUCGACGCAACGAUGAUCCCCUUAAAUGGUGGAAGGAAAGAAAACAUAUAUAUCCACGACUCUACAACCUUGCCCUUAAGAGGCUUUGCAUUGUUGCAACGAGUGUACCAUGCGAGAGAGUUUUUUCAAAAGCAGGUCUUACGAUUUCAAAUAGGCGUAGCAGCUUAAAGCCCACAAAAGCAGCGCAAUGCCUAUUUUUAAAUUAUAACUUGUAG